GACUCUUUAAAAAGGCCUCAUCGAGCAUAGCCUUCAAAUUUAGCAUUCCUUAUAUUGUUCUGAUUAAGCAAAGCAAAAUCUGGGGAAGAAAGAAAAAUGCAAAACCAGAGAGUCCAUGUCUUGGUGGUCGCAUACCCUGCCCAAGGCCACUUGAAUCCCCUCAUCCAGUUCGCUAAACGUUUAGCUUCCAAAGGAGUCAAGGCCACAGUAGCAGCCACUCCCUACACCAUCAAUUCCAUCCAUCCAAACAGUAUUACCGUCGAACCAAUCUCAGAUGGCUUCGAUGAAGGAGGCUUCAAGCAAGCUCCAAGUGUAGAAGCCUACUUGGAGUCCUUCAAAACAGUUGGAUCAAGAACUUUGGCAGAGCUGAUAGCGAAGUUCAACAACUCAGGGGAACCAGUUAGUUGCGUUGUCUAUGAUUCAUUGCUGUUUUGGGCUGUUGAUGUAGCUAAAGAGUUUGGCAUCCGUGCAGCUAUGAUGUUGACAAACUCAGCUUCCGUGUGCUCUUUGUAUUGGCAAAUCAAUCAAGGGCGCUUGGCUUUGCCUUUGGACCAAGAAACUUUAGCAGCAUCAGUGCCUGGCCUGCCUUCUCUGAGCUUUUCCGACAUGCCAAGUUUUCUUGCUCACCCUACAAGACAGUCUGCUUAUUUAGCACUGAUCAUGGACAAAAUCAGAACUCUGGGUAGAAAUGAUUGGGUCUUCUGUAACUCCUUUGAAGAACUGGAAAGUGAGCUAGUCAAGGCUCUGAAGGAACUUUGGCCUGUGAUAACGAUUGGCCCCUUGGUGCCAUCAUUCUACUUAGAUCAUCAAAUUGAAGGAGAUACAAGUUAUGGGGCUAGCCUGUGGAAGCAAAAUAAUGACCAGUGCCUGCGAUGGCUAGACUCAAAACCAUUGAGAUCGGUGGUGUAUGUAUCAUUUGGAAGCAUGGCAAGCAUCUCAACCAGACAAUUUGAAGAAAUAGCAUGGGGCUUGAAAGCAAGCAAUAUGCCCUUCCUGUGGGUUACAAAGGAGUUUGAAGACAAGCUGCUGCUUGAGUCCAUCGACUCAGUUGGAGAAAGAGGGCUAUUCGUUACAUGGUGCAACCAGCUAGAGGUGCUGGCUCACCAAGCCGUGGGCUGCUUUGUAACACAUUGCGGAUGGAACUCAACGUUGGAGGGUUUGAGCCUAGGCGUGCCAAUGGUGUGUGUGCCACAGUGGAGUGACCAGCCAACGAAUGCUAAGUUUGUAGAAGAUGUGUGGAUGGUAGGAGUGAGAGCUAAAAAGGAUGAAGAAGGGAUUGUGAGGAGGGAAGAACUAGGGAAGUGUUUAAGGGAAGUCAUGGUUGGAGAAAAAACUCGGGAGAUUAAGAGUAGUGCAUCAAAGUGGAGGGAGCAUGCUAAGACAGCCGUUAGUGUAGGUGGGAGCUCAGAUAGGAAUAUAGAUGAGUUUAUCCGAAAGCUGCUGACGGCUAAGGAGAAGAAAGCAUGAUUGUAUCAUUUCCAUUAAUCUAUUCUGUUAGGAAUAAUGUCAUUAUCAAGAUUGGUUGAAAGACAACUUCAACUUACCACUGUCAUAUAAUUGUUAUGAAGUUAAGGGAAAAGAGUGCAGAAAUA